AUGAACUCUUCAUGCUGCCUGUUCUCUGCUUAUCCGAUGCUGCCUAACCUCUCAGAGCACCCUGCAGCCCCUUCUGCCAGCAACCGGAGCGGCAGCGGGUUCUGCGAGCAGGUCUUCAUCAAGCCCGAGGUCUUCCUGGCGCUGGGCAUCGUCAGCCUGAUGGAAAACAUCCUGGUGAUCCUGGCUGUGGUCAGGAAUGGCAACCUGCACUCCCCCAUGUACUUCUUUCUCUGUAGCCUGGCUGCAGCUGACAUGCUGGUGAGCGUGUCCAACUCCCUAGAGACCAUCAUGAUCGCCAUUAUCAACAGCGACUCCCUGACCUUGGAGGACCAAUUCAUCCAGCACAUGGACAACAUCUUUGACUCUAUGAUCUGCAUCUCCCUGGUGGCCUCCAUCUGCAACCUCCUGGCCAUUGCUGUGGACAGGUAUGUUACCAUCUUCUAUGCCCUUCGCUACCACAGCAUCAUGACAGUAAGGAAGGCCCUCACCUUGAUCGUGGCCAUCUGGGUCUGCUGUGGCAUCUGCGGUGUGAUGUUCAUCAUCUACUCCGAGAGCAAGAUGGUCAUCGUGUGCCUCAUCACUAUGUUCUUCGCCAUGGUGCUCCUCAUGGGCACCCUGUACAUCCACAUGUUCCUCUUUGCCAGGUUACAUGUCCAGCGCAUUGCUGCAUUGCCACCGGCUCAUGGGGUGGCCCCACAGCAGCACUCGUGCAUGAAGGGGGCUGUCACCAUCACCAUCCUGCUGGGGGUGUUCAUCUUCUGCUGGGCACCUUUCUUCCUACACCUGGUCCUCAUCAUCACCUGCCCGACCAACCCUUACUGCAUCUGCUAUACGGCACAUUUCAACACCUACCUGGUCCUCAUCAUGUGCAACUCUGUCAUUGACCCCCUCAUCUACGCCUUCCGCAGUCUGGAGCUGCGCAACACAUUCAAGGAGAUUCUCUGUGGCUGCAAUGGCAUGAACUUGGGCUAG